AUGAAUGAAACGAAUGAAACGAAUGAAACGAAUGAAACGAAUGAAACGAAUGAAACGAAUGAAACGAAUGAAACGAAUGAAACGAAUGAAACGAAUGAAACGAAUGAAACGAAUGAAACGAAUGAAACGAAUGAAACGAAUGAAACGAAUGAAACGAAUGAAACGAAUGAAACGAAUGAAACGAAUGAAACGAAUGAAACGAAUGAAACGAAUGAAACGAAUGAAACGAAUGAAACGAAUGAAACGAAUGAAACGAAUGACACGAAUGAAACGAAUGAAACGAAUGAAACGAAUGAAACGAAUGAAACGAAUGAAACGAAUGAAACGAAUGAAACGAAUGAAACGAAUGAAACGAAUGAAACGAAUGAAACGAAUGAAACGAAUGAAACGAAUGAAACGAAUGAAACGAAUGAAACGAAUGAAACGAAUGAAACGAAUGAAACGAAUGAAACGAAUGAAACGAAUGAAACGAAUGAAACGUGUUGA